AUGGACGUAACACUCUUAGGUCCUUGUAAUUCUGAUGAGCUCAGGUGUGCAACAUCUUUAUGCAGAAGGUUUGAGAAUAAAGUUGGUGUUAUUAGCGGUGGGACUAGAGGGUAGGUGUUAAUAUGAUCAGAAAUGUCGUUAAGAGUAUACCAGGCAAAGUUUUUAACACAACUUUCUUCACAACUGUUUUUUAGCAAUCUUAUUUCAGAAUUGGCCUAGCAAUUGCUCAAAGAUUAGCCGAAGAAGGUGCGAAUGUCAUAAUAUCGAGCAGAAAGCCAGAGAAUGUUGAAUUGGCCAUGUCAUAUCUCCGUUCAAUACCCAAUGUAAAACAUGAUCAAAUCCACGGUAUACCAUGUCACGUUGGCACAACAUCAGAUCGUCUUAAGCUCAUCAGAGAGGCCGAUUUAAAGUUUGGUCGCUUAGAUGUUCUUAUUCUAAAUGCCGGAGUAAACCCAGCUGUUGGUGACAUAAACAAAGUCACCGCGUCUCAAUGGGACAAGAUGUAUUGUAUCAAUGUGAAAGCCGGCUUCGAAUUGUGUCGUGCAGCAGUGCCGUUGAUGGAGAAGACAGGUGGAGCCGUUAUCUUCACUUCAUCUUUGGCAGCGUACAGAGUUCCUGGAGCUUUUAAUGCAUAUGGGAUCACAAAGUCAGCACUGUCAAUGUUAACUACGGUAUUGUCACAGGAAUUGGCGUCGAAGAAUAUCCGAGUCAAUGGGAUUGUACCUGGAACGAUAGAGGGUGCAGGAAUGAGCAGAAUGGUAGGUUUAACAACAUUUAGCCACUUUCAUCUUGAUCUUCAGUCAGAGGAACAACGAAAUUAAUUGUCUUAAAAUUAAUAUCCAUUUUUAAGUAAUAACUUUAGCUCUGGGACACAAACCACAAAUGGCAUAAGCUGGUAAAAGACGCGGCCGAUGGCUCAAAAGGUUUAGCCGGAAGAUUUGGUAAACCAUCUGAAAUCGCGGCAUCAGUUGCUUAUCUAUGUUCGGAUGACGCCAGCUUUGUUACGGGAGAAAACCAUCUUGUUAUGGGUGGAGUUGAUGCCAGAAUAUGA